GUCACCACGUUGACCCUCAUCUGCGGAAGUAAGCACGUGUGGAAGGAGUGGGUAGGUCGCUCACUCGCAUGUUUGGAGGCCUCGAGUCAAUUUCAGGAUCAAAUUUAAAGCUUCGUCUCUGUUCCAGGAUCAGAUUUAAAGCUUCGUCUUCCUCGUCAUGGCCGUGAGAGCUUCGUUUGAGAAGAAUAAUGAGAUCGGCUGCUUCUCCAAACUCACCAACGCCUACUGUCUAGUGGCCAUCGGCGGCUCGGAGAAUUUCUACAGCGUGUUUGAAGGAGAAUUAUCAGAAACCGUCCCGGUGGUUCACGCCUCCAUAGCAGGAUGUCGCAUCAUCGGCCGGAUGUGUGUCGGGAACCGUCACGGCCUCCUGGUUCCCAACAGCACCACAGAUCAGGAGCUGCAGCACAUCAGAAACAGCCUCCCGGACUCGGUGAGGAUGCAGAGGGUGGAGGAGCGACUGUCGGCUCUCGGUAACGUCAUCGCCUGCAACGACUACGUGGCUCUAGUUCACCCAGACCUGGACAGGGAGACGGAGGAGAUCCUGGCCGACACCCUGAAGGUGGAGGUUUUCCGUCAGACGGUGGCUGAGCAGGUCCUGGUGGGUUCCUACUGCGCCUUCAGCAACCAGGGAGGGUUGGUUCAUCCCAAGACGUCCAUAGAAGAUCAGGACGAGCUUUCGUCGCUGCUGCAGGUCCCUCUGGUGGCGGGUACGGUGAACCGGGGCAGUGAGGUGAUCGCUGCAGGGAUGGUGGUCAACGACUGGUGUGCGUUCUGUGGUUUGGACACGACGAGCACCGAGCUGUCGGUCAUUGAGAACGUCUUCAGACUCAGUGACUCGACCCAACCUUCAGCCAUCGCCACCAGCAUGAGGGACUCUCUGAUAGACAGCAUGGCGUAAAAACCUCCAGCGUUCGUUUCUGUGAUCAUGAAGUCAACAGGACCUGGUUUCUUCAUCUUCUUCAUCAUCCUCAGUUUGUCCUGAGCACCGAAACCAGAAGCAGGUCCAGAAGAAGAAGAAGCUUUCCACGUCUUUCUGUUGUUCUGCCUCCUUCCUGUCCAACCGUCAGCAUCAGUUCAACGUUUCUGAAACGUUUCUUGGUCUGAAAUCAGCAGAAAACCAACAAACCUGAUUCCAGCUUUUGGUUUGUCUCGUUUCUGCAGAUCAGGAAGUUAAACAAGACGAACGGAUGAGAAACUCUGUUUAUUCUGUCUGUAAAAUAAAGUGAGUCGGCCUCUUUUUA